AGGGGCUCGAGAAUUGCGAUCAGCCUAACAUCAUUACAUAAACAGCCUUAAAGCUAAAUAUAAAUCUCAAUCGGUGUAAUCACUACUGCUUUCUAUUUCUUUAUUUUAUUUUCCUAACCAAAGCAUAGGAAAGGUCCUAAUUUUGUUUGGACCACACACAAACAAUUACAUUUUUCAUAACUAAAGCAUGGAGUGAUCUUAAAGCUUGGUCUCACCAAAAUUAUUCACAUGACACUAAAUAUAUUCCUUAUGUAUUGUUUAUAUUUAGAAAACUUUGCAUCACAAAUAUAUUCCAUAGAAAACCUAGUAGACAAAGGAGUAUGUAGAAAAUUUAAGUUAAUGAUCGUCUUAAACUUUUGUUAAAUUGAAACAAGAGAGUGGACAUAAUCUUAAUAGAAGAAACCUUACUUAGCCCAUAAUAAUGGAUGGAAAAUGCCUCAAAGGAUACUAGCAACUUAAUGUAGGUACAUGCAUGUAUUGUUAUUCCUUGAGUUAAUUUUAUCUGUGAUAAUAAUGAUCUCAGCUUUACACGUAAUUAGCAGAUUAAUUAACCAAAACCCUUUUCUCUACCUUUUUACAUCCAUUAACUACGUACAUUCACUGCCUUUACAACCGCAAGAGCUCUUCUUCUUCUUAUUCUUCUUCUGUGUGAAUAGAGAGAGAAAGGAGAGAGAGAUGGGACUUGUUACAGUCGGAGAAUUAAAGCCAGCUUUCACAGGAAAGAGAGGGUUUCGUCUGAAUUCAAGCAUCAGACAUGCCUCUGAAUGGCCGAUAUCCGAUGUCUCUAGUGAUCUUACAGUUCAAGUUGGAUCUUCGAGUUUCUGUCUUCAUAAGUUUCCUCUUGUGUCUCGGAGUGGAAAAAUCCGAAAGCUUCUCGUGGAUCCAAAAAUCUCGAGUAUUUGUCUCUCGAAUGCUCCUGGAGGAUCUGAGGCUUUUGAGCUCGCAGCUAAGUUCUGUUAUGGAAUCAACAUUGAAAUCAACCUUCUUAAUAUAGCUAAGCUCCGUUGUGCAUCUCAUUAUCUAGAGAUGACUGAGGAUUUCUCCGAGGAGAAUCUCGCUGCGAAAACAGAACAUUUCUUGAAAGAGACAAUCUUUCCGAGUAUAUUGAAUUCCAUCAUCGUUCUACAUCACUGCGAAACCUUAAUCCCAGUCUCUGAAGAUCUCAACUUGGUUAAUCGGUUAAUCAUAGCUAUUGCCAACAAUGCCUGCAAAGAACAGCUAACAUCGGGUCUUUUAAAGCUCGAUAAUUCGUUUUCGGGUACAAAUAUUGAACCAGAAACUCCAUUAGACUGGUGGGGGAAGUCACUAGCUGUUCUGAAUCUUGAUUUCUUUCAGAGAGUUGUCUCUGCGGUUAAGUCUAAAGGGUUAAUACAAGACGUGAUCAGCAAGAUUCUGAUAAGUUACACGAAUAAGUCUCUUCAAGGGCUCAUCGUUCGCGAUCCAAAGCUGGAGAAAGAAAGGGUUCUUGAUUCAGAAUGUAAGAAGAAACAGAGAUUAAUUGUGGAAACAAUUGUGAGGUUACUUCCUACACAAGGAAGAAGAAGCUCUGUUCCAAUGGCCUUCCUUUCAAGUCUUCUCAAAAUGGUCAUCGCAACAUCAUCAUCUGCUUCUUCAGGAUCAUGUAGAUCGGAUCUAGAACGAAGAAUCGGUCUGCAAUUAGACCAAGCCAUCCUCGAAGACGUCUUGAUUCCGAUAAAUCUCAACGGAACCAACAACACGAUGUACGACAUUGAUUCAAUCUUGAGAAUCUUCUCUAUAUUCUUGAACCUCGAUGAAGAUGACGAAGAAGAAGAACAUCAUCAACGUCAAUUUAGAGAUGAAACAGAGAUGAUCUACGAUUUUGACAGCCCCGGGUCUCCAAAACAGAGCUCGAUCUUGAAAGUAUCAAAGCUAAUGGAUAACUAUCUAGCUGAGAUAGCUAUGGAUCCGAAUCUCACAACCUCAAAGUUCAUAGCUUUAGCAGAACUCUUACCAGAUCAUGCUCGUAUCGUCAGUGAUGGACUCUAUCGAGCCGUUGAUAUUUACCUCAAAGUUCAUCCAAAUAUAAAGGAUUCAGAGCGUUAUCGUCUUACAAAGACGAUAGACUCACAGAAACUAUCACAAGAAGCUUGUAGCCACGCAGCUCAAAACGAGAGAUUACCUGUGCAAAUGGCCGUACAAGUGUUGUACUUUGAACAGAUCAGACUCAGAAACGCAAUGAGCAGUGGCAUUGGUCCUACUCAGUUUCUAUUCAACAGUAACUGUCAUCAAUUUCCUCAACGGUCAGGAAGUGGAGCAGGAAGCGGAGCGAUAUCUCCUAGAGAUAACUAUGCGUCGGUGAGGAGGGAAAACAGAGAGCUAAAGCUUGAGGUUGCGAGGAUGAGGAUGAGAUUAACGGAUCUAGAGAAAGAUCACAUCUCGAUUAAACAAGAACUCGUGAAAUCCAAUCCUGGGACUAAGCUUUUCAAGUCAUUUGCUAAAAAGAUAAGCAAACUUAAUUCUCUUUUCAGUUUCAGUAGUCUUAAACCUUCCUUGAGUGGCAAGGCAAGUUCUGAGAGCCGUUUCUUGUUUCAGAGAAAAAGACGACACUCUGUUUCUUGAUUUUUAAAGAAAGCAUAUAUAGUGAAUGGGUUUUUAUCGUUGGGGAGUUUCAUUUGUGAUUGCGUGUGCAUGUAUAGCUUUCUAUAGUUGUGUUUGUGAAAUGUGAGCGAUGGUGUUUUGUCCGAUCUUUGCUAGAGACUUGUAUAAAAAUUUGCAUGUUGCGCGAGAGCAUUGCAUACUCUGGAACUCUAAUACGACACCGUUUUAUUUUGGCGUCCUA